AUGCCACAGUUCGACCCUCGCUUCACACAUUGUGGCCUUCACGAAGAAGGCCUUCGGCGCCAUCAGCAUGUUCUCCCCACACUUGGUGCAUAUCACCUCGUUCCACUGUUUAGUGUUUUGGCUUACGACGUUGAAUGCGGCGGGAUGUCGGUCUACGAGGCAGUUGAACUUUACGAGGAACUGAUGGACUUCUCUGUCGCCCAGCCCAAGGUUGUGCAUAGGGAGCUGACGAAUCAGAUGGUGCGGUGUUACUGUUUGAAUGAGGAGUACGAGAAGGCAUUGGGUGUGGUGUUAGAGGUGAAGGCGAAAGAAAUUCGCAGGACGUUUGUGACGUACGCUCCACUUUUUCGUAUAAUUCGAGCCAGCGAGGAUGCCGAGAGGCAGCUGACGCUUUUGAAGUUUGUGUACGACGUGGAGGGCGGACGGCUGCUAAAGUUAUUGUACAUUGAUAUUCCUCGGAUGCUCUAUAUGUUUGGUGUAUUUGUUUGCUACAACUGGGUUUUCAUUAGCUGCAUCUUCACUGUCGUAUGCACCAUUGUCGUCCUGUACGUGGCAAAUUUUGGAUUGUGA